AUGUCAAAAACAAUUGUCAUUGUUGGAGUCACUGGAAUCCAGGGCUCAUCCGUGGCCCACACCUUCCUGCGUCUUCCUGGGUGGAAAGUCAGGGGCAUAACACGAAAACCAUCAAGUCCAGCCGCCCAAGCCCUGGCAACGAAAGGAGUCGAGAUCGUACAGGCCGAUUUGGACGACAAGCAAUCACUGCUUCCUGCUUUCGAAGGGGCUAACGUAAUCUUCUCCAACACGGACUUUUUCGGACACUUACAAGACGCGUUGUUUGGCGGAAAUAUCUCCUUAGGAGCCCGCUCGCCCAAUGAAUACGCGUUUGACAGGGAAGUUGAGCAAGGCCUGAAUAUCGCAGAAGCCGCAGCUUCGCCGACAGUGUUGAAGACCCUAGAACGGUUCGUUCUCUCGUCACUAAGCGAUGCUAGAAAGUUGAGUGGUGGGAAAUACACCUAUGUAUACCACAACGAUGCCAAAGCAGAGAUCAUCCGGGCUACCCAAGCUCAGUUUCCGGAGGUUGCGGCUCGUACGAGCACUGUUCAAGUUGGGCAUUAUGUCACGAAUUGGAAAGCCUCUCCGCCCCUGAUGCCGCAGAAGCAGCCAGAUGGCAGUUUCGUCGUACAAAGAACAUUUGGGCCAAAAUACAAGAUCCCCUUUGUGGUCGCCCACGAAGAUACUGGUGAAUUUGUGAAAGUGCUCGUUGAUCUGCCCCCUGGAAAAGAUCUUCUCGGCGUGUCGGAGCACAUGACCUGGCCUGCGUGGACAAAGCUGUGGGGGGAUACUCUAGGAGUCAAGGCCUCGUUCAAGCAGGUAUCUGAAGAUGAAUAUUUUACGGGCGUACCCGAUGCACUCAGGAAAGAACUUGCAGAGACAUUUGCUUAUGUGGAGGAGUUUGGAUAUACUGGUGGAGAUCCAAACGUAUUGACGGCUGAAGAAAUUGGUAUCGAAGUUUCACUUACAUCGAUGAAAGAUUAUAUCAAGAGGGAGGACUGGUCGUCAGUACUUUGA